AUGUCUCACCUACCACCACCAACAUCAGUUUCGAAUGUAUGGUCUGCAGCUGUGGGUUCUUCACCAGCGGGUCCUACAAUAACAGGACCCAUCCAACCAGGUGGUGGCUAUCCAACUGGAUUAUCUACGGUAAAUAAUCCAAAUUUACCAACGUCUACAACAGGAAGUAUAGGCAAUCCACCACCGAUUCCACCAUUUACUUUUGCACAACAACUGAUAGGUCCUGCAAACAGUUUCGCUUCAAAUGAUUAUGCUACAGCUAACACUUUGCCAUCAGUGAUUGCAAUUCCAACAAAUUUAGUACCAAAUACAGCACAAACUAUUCAAAAUGAAACUAAUACUCGACGAUUGAAGCAACUUGAAGAUGAAAAUAUGCAACGACGAAAGGCUACCAUAUCCCUUCAACAAAUGGGUACACAUAUAUUGCAAAGUCAGAUGGAUGUACAAGAACAAGUAUUACAAUAUCAAUUUAUGUUAGAACAAUGUAUGGAAACUCUUGAUUAUCAAAAUUUUUUAUUAAGUGGACAAGCUGAAGAAUUAGCAUUAAUUCGAGCAAAAAUGCGACAUUUUGAAUAUUUUAUGGAUGCAAUUAAACAAAUGAAAAAAAUUAAACUUCGACAAAAUAUACUCGAAGAUUUUAAUAUCAAUGAUUGUGAUUUGUUCAAUACUCCAAAUCCUUUAUUGCCUCUUUUCACUGGACGUCUAACUGCAUCACAAUUUCAACCUCUUGAUCCGCCGUAUCGUUCAUCAAUUGUUCGAUCAUCAAAGCUAAAUGAAUCUCGAAGGAUGACACCAUCAAUGCCACAUUUAAAUACCGAUAAUGCUCGACUUUCACGUCCUAUUAGUAAUCUCAACAAUUGA